AUGGCUUUGGGGGACGGCAAGGAGACGUCAAAGACAAUGGCCAGGCCGGGACCGGAACCAGAACUAGAACCAGAGAUCGAGUCCACGUCCACAUCCACGUCCACAUCUACAUCCAUGUUCACAUCCACAUCCAUUUUCACAUCAGACCCGACGGUGUCAGCGUUCGCGGUGCCAUGUAAAGAAUAUGUCGCUAGACACACGGACCCUCAGUUGAACGCACAUCUACAUCCGUCUACGGAUACGGAUACGGAUACUGUGAUAGGGUCGAGGCACCAACAUCGUCAAUAUCAAUAUAUCGCGACGGGGGCGCUCGUGUUUCACCCGCCUUUACCAGAACCGGGGUCGGGGUCGGGAUCUGGAUCAGGGCAAACGUCAACAUCCACGUCAACGUGCAUGUCCAGGUCCAGGUCCAGGUCAACAUCCACGUCAAAGUCCAAGUUAACUCCAACUCCAGCGGAGCGGGACCGAAUCCUCCUCAUCCAACGCGCCGAACACGACUCCCUGCCUGGUCGGUGGGAAGUGCCCGGCGGCGGGUGCGAUGAUCCAGGUGAUCCAACCAUCUUGCACGCCGUGGCGCGGGAGCUUUGGGAAGAGACGGGUCUCGUGGCGACCCGGAUCGGACCUGUUGUGCAGGUGGGGUCGGCGGAUGAUGCGGGACGGCGACAGGGAGAGGGAGAGGGACGGCCCCAGGGACAGGGACGGCCACAGGGACAAGGACGGCAACAGGGAGAGGGACAGCCACAGGGACAGGUAUUUGUGACGACAAGUGGGAAGGUGGUAUGUAAGUUCUAUUUCCUCGUCGACGUAUACACGCAUCUACAAGUCGACGGCGGGCCGAUGGAGACGAAUGUCGAUAUAGAUGGGAAUGGGAAUGGGAAGAGGAGCGAACGCAAAGAUGGCGUGGGAGAGAACGACAACCACAACCACAACCAUCUCCCGCAGGACCAUGACCAUCGCUUCAAUGCCUCAGGCCCCGUACCAGUGCCAAUGCCAAUGCCGGCAGUCCACCUCGAUCCCAACGAGCAUCAGGCUUAUCUAUGGGCGGACGAGGCCGAAGUCAAGGCCAGUCGGGUCGGCCAUGUCGACGUGCGCUUCACCACUCCGCAGCAGCGGGAGGUCAUCCUGGCCGCUUUCCGUGUCAGAAAGGGACGGGAAAGGAGAUUCAGAUGA